CCACAGGUUUGAGCUUCAGGCCUAGUGCUUCAGCUUGAAGAAAGGAGGAGCUUUUUCAGGAGGAGAGAUGGAAAUCGUUCCUUCGAAUAAGCGCAGACCUUUCGUUCUUCGAAUCAGGAUGGCUAAAGGUGAUCCCAAGAAGCCAAAGGGCAAAAUGUCUGCUUAUGCCUUCUUUGUGCAGACAUGCAGAGAGGAACAUAAGAAGAAAAACCCAGAAGUUCCAGUCAAUUUUGCAGAAUUUUCUAAGAAGUGCUCUGAAAGGUGGAAGACAAUGUCGGCAAAAGAGAAAUCUAAAUUUGAUGAGAUGGCAAAGGCAGAUAAAGUACGCUAUGAUCGGGAAAUGAAGGAUUAUGGACCAGCUAAGGGAGGCAAGAAGAAGAAGGACCCAAAUGCCCCCAAAAGGCCACCGUCUGGAUUUUUCCUUUUCUGCUCGGAAUUCCGCCCCAAGAUCAAAUCCACAAACCCUGGAAUUUCUAUUGGAGAUGUGGCAAAGAAGCUGGGCGAGAUGUGGAAUAACUUAAGUGACAGUGAAAAGCAGCCUUACAACAAUAAGGCUGCAAAACUGAAGGAGAAGUAUGAGAAGGAUGUCGCCGACUAUAAGUCUAAAGGCAAGUUUGAUGGUGCAAAGGGUCCCGCUAAAGUUGCCCGGAAAAAGGUGGAAGAAGAAGAUGAAGAAGAGGAGGAGGAAGAGGAGGAGGAAGAAGAGGAGGAGGAGGAGGAGGAGGAUGAAUAAAAAAAACUGUUUAUCUGUCUCCUUGUGAAUACCUUAGUGUAGGGGAGCGCCGUAAUUGACACAGCUUAUUUGAGAGGUGUCUGUUGCCCUCAGUAGGAUUAAUCACACAAUUGGAUCAUGAUCAUAUGUAGUCUCUCAAAGUGCUCUAGAAAUUGUCAGUGGUUUACAUGAAGUGGCCAUGGGUGUCCGGAGCACCCAGAAACUGUAUCAAAGUUGUACAUAUUUCCAAACAUUUUUAAAAUGAAAAGGCUCUCGUGUUCUCACUCUGUGCACUUUGCUGUUGGUGUGACAAGGCAUUUAAAGAUGUUUCUGGCAUUUUCUUUUUUUUUUUAAUCUGUAAGGUGGUGUUACCUAUUUGGUUAUUGGCUAGAAAUCCUGAGUUCUCAACUGUACAUAUCUAUAGUUUGUAAAAAAACAAACAACCAAGACAAGCUCUUGAUGCUCUUUGCUUGGCGUUGAGGCUGUGAGGAAGAUGCCUUUUGGAGGGGCUGUAGCUCAGGGCGUGCACUGUGAGGCUGGACCUGUGGACACUGCAGUGGGCAUCCAUUUAGCUUCAGGUUGUCUUGUUUUUGUAUAUAGUGACAUAGCAUCCUGCCAUUCUUAGCUGUGGAAAAAGGGGGGGUCAGCUGGCAUGAGAAGUAUUUGGAUCGAUUUUAGUUGUGUGGUAGUUUUAAACUUUGCUUUAAAACAAACUACAACUCUUCAUUGUCAACAAAGUGAAGAGUCACUGCAUCAAUGAAAGUUCAAGAACCUUCUGUACUAAACACAAUUUGCAACGUUUUGUUAAUUUUUGUAUGUUUAGAAUGCUGAAAUGUUUUUGAAGUUAAAUAAAAACAGUAUUACAUUUUUUAA